AGCAUUCAAGCGUUCAAAGCAUCGCUGUACGUUUUCGACCAAAGCAUUUUCAUUCGGAUCUGCAGGAUUCAAACCACAGCAGUUCAUUUGUAACCGAAAUGGACCCAUAGUAUGACAACUUUCAUUUGACUUGAUUUUUUUUUUUUUCUUCUUCAUUGUCAUAUUUGAUAUUUAUUUUUCUUCAUCCGAUAUCAUUUAUUUUUCUUUAAUUUUUCUACUCUCAUCCACAAUUGAUUUGCAGGCAGUUUGCUCACGACCACCCAGCUCUAAAGGGAAUACUGUAUCUCGAGCCGAUCUCUCUCUUUCUGUCUUUCCUGCUGCUAUUCGAGAGGAGCUCGCGCACUUUGGAUUGGUACCUUGACGGGUUUACCAAGAACCUGACAAAAAGGGGGAUUUAUUCUUUGCGUGUGCGCUUGUGGAAGUGGACAACGGCGGUGACAGGGUCGCCUUUCUGUUGUGAGGAAUGUACCCUGUGCUCAGGUCUGCUCGCUGAGGGAGAAUAUCAACGCGUUAUCUUCUUCUUCUCUCUGAAUGAAAGACUGCUUUGCACCUUUAGUUUUGUAUUCCCGAGGUGUUCACAUAAAGGGACUAACUCGGCAGCAGGUCUUUUCUUGGAGAUGCACUACAUUUGAUUGGUUUUACGCAUUCACUAUUUCGUCCCUUUUUUGUCUCCAUUUUCAGAUCGUGAUAUAGAGUUUAAUUGCCUCAGUCAUUCUCUUGGGCGUUUCACGUCUUUUUGGACAUAUAAUUUCGGAUCGGAUUGUGACCCUCCCGAAAGACCGUAAUAAUGGGGGACUCGAUGUGGAGAUAUUAUUUAGGAGUUUUGUUUAUUGCCUGCAAGGUGAUCUUGACCAGGGCGAUAAUUAUGGACGCCAUAUAUUGGAACACAACAAAUACCAAAUUCGUGCCAGGCCAGGGCUUGGUGUUGUACCCUCAAAUAGGGGAUAAGUUGGACAUAGUCUGCCCACGUGUGGACGGAGUAGCUGAUGGGGUGGAGUAUUACAAGAUCCACAUGGUUCCCAGGGAGCAGCUGGAGAGCUGCACCAUAACCAAGGCUGACACGCCGCUGCUCAACUGUGUGAAGCCCGACCAGGACGUCAAGUUCACCCUGAAGUUUCAGGAGUUCAGCCCCAACCUGUGGGGUCUGGAGUUCUUCAGAGGACAAGACUACUACAUCAUCUCGACCUCUAAUGGCACCAUGGAGGGGCUUGAGAACCAGGAAGGAGGAGUUUGCAAGAUGAAAUCCAUGAAGAUAAUCAUGAAAGUGGGACAAAGUCCCUCUGAUCCUGUCUCACCCAAAGACUACCCCACCAGAUACCCUCCCAAGCAGCCCGACACAGUGGGAAAGGACUCCUACAAACCAAACGAAGUGCUGGAGAAGACAGAUUCGUCGUACAGGGAGGGCGAGGGCGACGGCGACCAGGGGACGGGCGGUAAAUCCUCCAGCAUCAUCGGCUCCGAGGGGGCACUGUUCGCCUGCAUCGCCUCGGGCAGCGUUAUCUUCAUCGUCAUCAUCAUCAUGCUGGUCCUGCUGCUGCUCAAGUACCGGCGGAGGCAUCGCAAGCACUCUCCGCAGCACGGCACCACGCUGUCUCUCAGCACGCUGGCCACGCCCAAACGGGGCAACAACAACGGCUCGGAGCCCAGUGACAUCAUCAUCCCUCUCAGGACUUCAGACAGCGUCUUCUGCCCACACUACGAGAAAGUGAGCGGGGACUACGGUCACCCAGUGUACAUCGUUCAGGAGAUGCCCCCCCAGAGCCCUGCUAACAUCUACUACAAGGUCUAAAGUCACCUCCACCUCCCUGGCAGGGAUUGGUCCCUCCUUUCCCACCUCUCUGUUAUUGUUCUUGUUGUUUUUACAGAAACGUUACUGUUGUGGUUAUUAUUCCUUGUUGUUGGGAUUCGUUGGAGAACACAAAGAGAAAAGCUGCUCGCUGGGGAUUUUUGGGGGAAUACCUCCUAUUCGCUCCUCUUCUCUCCCAGCAGCUUGUGUGUUUGUGUGUGUGGACAGACGGACGGACGGAAGGACAGAUGGAUGGUUGGAGAGACAGAAAGACAGAAAGAAGCCCCCCCUACACGUGUUUGUUUUGGAUACACAGAAGGAAAAGAGGAGUUGACCCAAACCUCCCUGGAUAUCCUGCUCUGGGAUUCUCCCCGAAAGAGACUACUGCUGGGAAAGAGAGGGAAAGAGACAACGGAGGGAGAAAGAGAGGGAUGGCAGAGAGAGGAAAAGGAGAGAAGGGGCGGACCAUGAACUCAUGUCAGUAAUGGCAGGUAGCCCCUCUGCCCAGGUACACUUUGUGGAUUCAGUGACGGGAGCGGAAAUAUCCACUCUGGGACAAUCCCGAUUGACACACGGACAUCACCCACACAACCACCCACUCACUCACCCUAUCACCCACACACACCCACAUACUCACCCACUCUCAGUCAUUGUGAACUGUUCAGACCCUCGUACUAAUUACAACCCAUAUUUCCCUCAUCGUUCCGACCACACCUUUUACUUUCUUGCAUCAUCAAUCAUUACCGUGGUUACUUGAAAAAAGGUUUUGGAGAAGAAGAAAAAAACAUGAUUCCUUUUUAUAGCGUCAUAUUGUUGGUUCAUUCCUGGUAUUGUUCAACUUGCAGAUAGAUUUUUUUUUGUAACGUGGUAUUGUCGCAGCUCAUGCCGUGCUGGUGUACGUGACUUUCAAAUACACACACACACACACACACACACACACACACACACACACACACACACACACACACACACACACACACACACACACACACACACACACACACACACACUGCAGCACUGGGAGAGCAGAAAGCAGGACUUAGAGAGGGCUGGACCAUAUGUAAGAUGAGGUGUUUGAUUUGUGUUCCGUCCCAUCGGGGGACAUGCUGCUCAUUCUACUCCCUCUGAGUGGUCAGGGCUCGCCAGGUGGCUUCUGGGAAAGGUGGAGGACCUAAAUGAAUGAUAGAGCAGCAUUUUUUACCCCCCCACUGUCCCUCUACCCAGUCAAGCAGUCAGAUCACAGAGAGGGAGAGAGAGGCGCUGACAGUGGAGGUGAAAUAGAGAGAGGAUAGAAGCUGCAUCCCUUUUGGUGUGGUUGUAAUAGUAGCAAGGACUGGCUUUCCAUAGAUGGGCUAUUUACAACACCGAGAGGUGUUAGUGAACCGGAAAUACAGGCAAUAAGAAAUCCCAUCAUGCCUUGCUGCUGCAGUUUCAGCUACAUGGAGGAAAGGUAAAGAUAAGAGAAGCCCAGGUCUGGUGGAGUUUAACCCGGCUGCUGGCUGAAACAGAGAGGCCCAGGUCUAGUGGAGUUUAACCCAGCCGCUGGCUGAAACAGAGAGGCCCAGGUCUGGUGGAGUUUAACCCAGCCGCUGGCUGAAACAGAGAGGCCCAGGUCUAGUGGAGUUUAACCCAGCCGCUGGCUGAAACAGAGAGGCCCAGGUCUAGUGGAGUUUAACCCAGCCGCUGGCUGAAACAGAGAGGCCCAGGUCUGGUGGAGUUUAACCCAGCCGCUGGCUGAAACAGAGAGGCCCAGGUCUGGUGGAGUUUAACCCAGCCGCUGGCUGAAACAGAGAGGCCCAGGUCUGGUGGAGUUUAACCCAGCCGCUGGCUGAAACAGAGAGGGCCAGGUCUGGUGGAGUUUAACCCAGCCGCUGGCUGAAACAGAGAGGCCCAGGUCUAGUGGAGUUUAACCCAGCCGCUGGCUGAAACAGAGAGGCCCAGGUCUAGUGGAGUUUAACCCAGCCUCUGGCUGAAACAGAGAGGCCCAGGUCUGGUGGAGUUUAACCCAGCCGCUGGCUGAAACAGAGAGGCCCAGGUCUAGUGGAGUUUAACCCAGCCGCUGGCUGAAACAGAGAGGCCCAGGUCUAGUGGAGUUUAACCCAGCCGCUGGCUGAAACAGAGAAGCCCAGGUCUGGUGGAGUUUAACCCAGCCGCUGGCUGAAACAGAGAAGCCCAGGUCUAGUGGAGUUUAACCAAGCCGCUGGCUGAAACAGAGAAGCCCAGGUCUACUGGAGUUUAACCCAGCUGCUGGCUGAAACAGAGAAGCCCAGGUCUACUGGAGUUUAACCCAGCCGCUGGCUGAAACAGAGAGGCCCAGGUCUGGUGGAGUUUAACCCAGCCUCUGGCUGAAACAGAGAGGCCCAGGUCUAGUGGAGUUUAACCCAGCCGCUGGCUGAAACAGAGAAGCCCAGGUCUACUGAAGUUUAACCCAGCCGCUGGCUGAAACAGAGAAGCCCAGGUCUGGUGGAGUUUAACCCAGCCGCUGGCUGAAACAGAGAGGCCCAGGUCUAGUGGAGUUUAACCCAGCCGCUGGCUGAAACAGAGAGGCCCAGGUCUAGUGGAGUUUAACCCAGCCGCUGGCUGAAACAGAGAGGCCCAGGUCUGGUGGAGUUUAACCCAGCCGCUGGCUGUAACAGCUUUAGGUUCUGUAGUGUCUGCUCCCAAGGACAACAAGAACCGUUGCUAUCCUACACAACUUUAUAAAGCACAGGGACAUCAAAGCUCAUGGUCACUGUUUCUCAAGCAUCAUCUUUAGCAUUUCCUUGUUGUUUUUUUCUUACUAUUAUACUUUUUUUUUUAGAAAAAUAGAUUAACAUUUAUAGGAGGACAUUUUGAAACAGAAAGAGUAAGAAAUAAACCAUCUGAAAAAACAUGAUUUAUUCAUCAUAGACCCAUUUGAGCACAGGUGUUGUCAGAAAGACAGUGUUGAUAAGUUAACGCUGAUAUAUUCUGGUAUAAAAGUACACAUUAUGCAAGCUAGGGUUUUGAUGAUCUAAUUCACCCAUAAUGUCCCAUCUUUUCAUUAACUUCCACCCAGAGACACAGGACUAGGGCCUGGGAAGGGGAUAGGGAGGGCAGCCUGGACAUAUGCCCCAAGGGGAGAGGUUGUUGGACCCAAAAUAGCAUAACCACGAGGCAGACCAGCAGUGUAUCCCACACUCCUUCACUGUAGCAUCUCCCAAAGGACCAUGGGAAGAUUCUCAUGAUGACCCUGUGCCCCUCUUUCCCCAUGCUACCGUGUGCGUGUGUGUGUGCCUCCUUUUGAGCAAGGCCAGUGAAAGACAGCCAUUUUGUUCUCUUUAUUCACACACAUUUGAAAACAUUGACUUAAGAAAAUGAGAACACGAUUGUGACUUAUACCACACCCAAUCAUGUAUCUGUUCACAACCAACAUUCUCAUUAGUUCAUUAAGAACAUCAAAUUUCACCAAGCCUUGUAUGAUCUGGGGUUUGUGCCUCUAAGAGGCUACAAAAUCUGCAAAUAUGCAAUUUCUAUUUAUUUUUUUAAGAAUUGAGAGAAAUCUACACCUAUGGAAAGUGUUCUUAAACCACUGAGAGAUGUAACAACAAACAGGACAAAAACAAAACGAGUAAAGUACAUCACACGAGCCUGCUGUUAGAGUUUUUGAGUUCUAGUAUUAUUUUAAACUUUUUUUUCUCAUUUUUUUUUACUGUGUGCUGUAGUUCCAAGGUAAACUGUGAAAAAAAAGAAACAUUUUGAAAAUGAAAUGCACCUGGAUAGUUAUUUAAGAAAAAGUGAGAGAGAAAAACAAAAAAACACACCAGGAAUCACAAACAAAUUGAUUUUUCGUUGCUGUCUGACAUUCGACAGAAUAUGACAAUCGUUUUAGUUUCUUUGAAUCUGACGUCCUUAUCCUAGCUAACGUACAACUGACAUUCUUCUAACAUGGCUACGGUCGUUUUUCUGUCUCUGUUAUAUGAAUGAAAUGUUGCAGAAAUGUUGAGAGAAUGUUAGUAUCCUGGCUAGGAGAAGUACCUCAGGCUACUGUAAAAUGCCUUGCUCGUAUUGGUCAGCCCUUGGUCACCUGACUCAGUAAUUUUGCACCGUUCUUCUGUAGGUAAGAAACUGUAAAUACAUGAAUGUUUGUAUUGUUUAUGGAUCCUGGGUUGUUACAAUAGCCUUAUUCACCUUUUUAGGAAAGUAAAUGGAACACGCUUCAGUAAAACAGAGCAUACUUUCGUUGCUAAAUAGCUUGUGUAUAUAUUGACAAGAUCAAUAAAACAAUGUUUUUAUCAACUCUUAAAGUAAGAUGUUUUGUAUACAAUUAGAUUUUUUUUUUGCUAUGUAUUUUAGCUAGCGCUCGUUGGAAAGCCCUUGUCCUCCUCCCACUCCCUCCCCCUUUGCACUGUUUCCAUGGCAAUUUGGUUUGGAAACAAUCGAGAGAAAAAGUUGCCAAACCGACUGCUGCAUAUUCGUGUGUACCAUAAAUAUUUAUUGAAUUCAUUUUUGUUGUUGUUCUGUUUUUUUUAUUUGAUUUCUGUUCAGUAAGUGACACAGUAUUACGAUUGCGUUGUUCAUUUGUCUACCUGUCCUGGUUUCGUUAGUCUAUCCUGGUUUUGUUAGUCUGUCCUGGUUUCGUUAGUCUGUCCUGGUUUCUGUAACCCCUCCCCUUGCAGUUUGAGAUGACCAGGCCGUUGAAAUGGUUAAACAUUAAAAAACAAAAUAAACUAAAGUGACACACAUUCCACCAGUCUGUUAAGAACUGAAAAUGUUUUUCAAUAAAAUGUUUUUCCUAUGGA